AUUAGUCUUUUGCAGCUUAAAACUUUCUUUUGAAAGGGCGAAAACGCACAACGAAUCCCAAUACACAAGAGUAGACUAGUAGAGUAGAGAGAAGAGCAGAGGGCGUGAUAAGCUUCUAAGUUGAUUGAGUUGCUGAAUAACUUGCAGCUGCGUUGUGAGCUCUGUUCUGUUCUAAUCAUCUGAAAUCUGAAUUCUGAAAUUUCUGAAUAAGAACGAUUAUACUACAUAUAUAUAGGAAAAAAGAGCGAGAGGAGAGACUGCUACUCCUCCUCUCGCGACCAAGUAGACAAGUGUAUCUAUCUCAAAUCUCAACUUACUUUGACAGUUGUAGCGUUUCGUAAUUAUCAUUAUUAUUCUUGUGAUUCGUGAUCAACAAAUUAACGAAAUCAUGAUUGCAUCAACUACGACAGCAAGUUGAAUUUUUUUGAAGGUUAUAGAGACACGAAGGGACAAGCAGAGUGUGACACAUUUGUUUUUUUUAAAGCUGUUGUACCCUAUCUAAGAAUAGUUGACAGUAAUUUUGUUGAGCACCAUGGCAUCAGGUCCCAUUUUGCAGAAAGCCAUUGACAUGGUGACAAAGGCCACCGAAGAGGACAGGAAUAAAAAUUACGAAGAAGCCCUAAGACUUUACGAACAUUCAGUUGAAUACUUUCUUCAUGCCAUCAAAUAUGAAGCGCAAGGUGAUAGAGCUAAAGAAAGCAUACGAAGUAAAUGUUGUCAGUAUCUUGAUAGAGCAGAAAAGUUGAAAACAUACUUGAAGAAAGGUAAAAAGAAACCAGUAAAGGCUGGAGAAGAGAAUUCAAAAAGUGAAGAUAAAAAAAGUGACAGUGGAGACAGUGAUACAGAUAGUGACCCAGAGAAAAAGAAACUGCAAAGCAAACUUGAGGGAGCAAUUAUUAUUGAAAAGCCAGAUAUCAAGUGGGAUGAUGUUGCAGGCUUAGACGGAGCCAAGGAAGCUUUGAAAGAAGCAGUUAUACUUCCCCUUCGUUUUCCUCAUUUGUUCACAGGUAAAAGGAUCCCAUGGAAAGGAAUUUUAUUGUUUGGUCCUCCUGGAACAGGUAAAUCGUAUUUAGCAAAAGCUUUAGCUACUGAAGCAAACAAUUCAACAUUUUUUUCUGUGUCGUCCUCUGAUUUGGUGAGUAAAUGGCUGGGAGAAUCAGAAAAAUUAGUCAAGAAUUUAUUUGAAUUGGCAAGACAACACAAACCUAGCAUUAUAUUUAUUGAUGAAGUGGACUCUCUUUGCUCUUCGAGAUCGGAUAACGAGUCUGAAUCUGCUAGAAGGAUAAAAACUGAAUUUCUUGUUCAAAUGCAAGGUGUCGGAACGGAUAAUGAUGGUAUCCUUGUUUUGGGAGCAACAAAUAUUCCUUGGGUCUUAGAUUCUGCGAUCAGAAGACGAUUUGAGAAACGAAUUUAUAUUCCUUUGCCGGAAGCACCAGCAAGAACAAUUAUGUUCAAGCUUCAUUUAGGAAGCACGUCUCAUACUUUGUCAGAAGAGGACUUUAAGAAAUUGGCGUCAGCUACCGAUGGUUAUUCAGGAGCAGACAUUAGUAUCAUUGUAAGAGAUGCUCUUAUGCAGCCGGUAAGGCAAGUUCAAACAGCCACACACUUCAAGAGAGUUAGCGGGCCAUCGCCCAAAGAUCAUUCAGUUAUUGUUGAUGAUCUCCUUACACCAUGUUCACCUGGUAACCCAGCAGCAGUUGAAAUGAAUUGGAUGGAUGUGCCAGGAGACAAGCUGUUUGAACCACCAGUUACUAUGAAAGAUAUGUUGAAAUCUUUAAGUACCACCCGUCCAACUGUUAACGAAGAGGAUAUGAGUAAGCUUGAAAAAUUCAAAGAAGAUUUCGGUCAAGAAGGUUGAUUUCUAUACACAAGAGUGAACAUGAUGAAAAAAAUCUAAGUAAUUGAAUUUGAACGCGCUUGCCUUACUCCUGUUUUUUAAACAUUUAGUGAGACAAACACGAGAUUGUUUGAAAACAUUUGCUUUUAUUUUUAAAUAACAUCUCAAUUAAGGUACUAGAAUGACAAACUUGCGUGUAAUAAGCUUUCAGCUCGCCACAAAUGGCAACAUCAGCAGAAAUGAUCUAUAUUUUGAGAUAAAAUGUCUAAAAACUAUUAAAUAUUUUAUUUUUAUCUUUAAUCUCGUAACGUAUUACAUCAAUGAGUUGGUUCUGACAUUUUCAUUAUCAUUAAAUGAUGAAAACAUUGAGUUUUUGUUUCAAUAAAACAAGUUUAUUUUUAUUACUUUUU